AUGGGCAACCGGGGAAUGGAAGACCUGAUUCCCCUCAUCAACAAGCUCCAGGACGCCUUCAGCUCCAUCGGCCAGAGCUGCAACCUGGACCUGCCUCAGAUCGCGGUGGUCGGCGGUCAGAGCGCGGGGAAAAGCUCGGUGUUGGAGAAUUUCGUCGGAAGGGACUUUUUACCCCGAGGCUCUGGCAUCGUGACCCGUCGCCCUCUCAUCCUUCAGCUGGUCAACAGUAAAGCAGAAUAUGCAGAGUUCCUUCACUGUAAAGGCCGCAAGUUUGUGGACUUCGACGAAGUCCGAAUGGAGAUCGAAGCAGAGACUGACCGGCUCACAGGGUCCAACAAGGGCAUCUCCCCCAUCCCCAUCAACCUGCGUGUUUACUCUCCGAAUGUGCUUAACUUGACAUUGAUUGACCUGCCGGGGAUGACCAAGGUGGCCGUAGGAGACCAGCCUCAGGAUAUCGAGCAUCAGAUCAGAGACAUGCUGCUGCAGUUCAUCACCAAGGAGAGCUGUCUGAUCCUGGCCGUCACCCCCGCCAACACGGAUCUGGCCAAUUCCGACGCCCUCAAGAUCUCCAAGGAGGUGGACCCUCAGGGGCUGCGGACUAUCGGCGUGAUCACAAAGUUGGACCUGAUGGAUGAGGGUACUGAUGCAAGAGACAUCCUGGAAAACAAACUGCUGCCACUCCGCAGAGGUUACAUCGGGGUGGUGAACCGCAGUCAGAAGGACAUCGACGGGAAGAAAGACAUCCGAGUGGCGCUGGCCGCCGAGAGGAAGUUCUUCCUCUCCCAUCCGGGACUGGCGCAAACGUUUCAGCUAAGUGUCCUUUUUUUUUGGUUCCAGCAACUCACCAACCACAUCCGCGACACGCUGCCCGGGUUACGCAGCAAACUGCAAAGUCAGCAGUUGUCGCUGGAGAAGGAAGUGGAGGAGUACAAGAACUUUCGGCCCGACGACCCCGCACGCAAGACCAAGGCCCUGCUACAGAUGGUCCAGCAGUUCGGCGUGGACUUCGAGAAGUGCAUAGAGGGGUCUGGAGAUCAGGUGGACACCUCCAACCUGUCCGGCGGAGCAAAGAUCAACCGCAUCUUUCACGAGCGAUUUCCUUUUGAGCUCGUUAAGAUGGAGUUUGAUGAGAAGGAGCUGCGGAAAGAAAUCAGCUAUGCCAUCAAGAAUAUCCAUGGAGUCAGGACGGGCCUGUUCACCCCAGACCUGGCCUUCGAAGCUAUAGUAAAAAAGCAGAUCAUUAAGCUGAAAGAGCCCUGUCUGAAAUGCAUCGACCUGGUCAUCCAGGAGCUCAUCAACACAGUCAGACAGUGCACCAAUAAGCCCAGGACAGGCUUGUUCACCCCAGACUUGGCGUUUGAGGCUAUAGUGAAAAAGCAGGUCAUUAAGCUGAAAGACCCCUGUCUGAAAUGCGUAGACCUCGUCGUCACCGAGCUCAUCACCCUGAUCAGGAAGUGCACGGAAAAGUUGGACUCGUACCCUCGUCUGAGAGAGGAAACGGAGAGAAUCGUCACCACGUACAUCCGAGAGAGAGACAGCAAAACCAAAGACCAGGUGCUGCUUUUGAUUGACAUUGAGCUCUCCUACAUCAACACUAACCACGAGGACUUCAUCGGAUUUGCCAAUGCCCAGCAAAGGACCACCGCUAACCCCACCAAGAAGAGAGUCAUGCCUAAUCAGGUCAUCCGCAGAGGCUGGCUGACCAUCAACAUAAGCAUCAUGAAGGGAGGCUCCAAAGACUACUGGUUCGUCCUGACUGCUGAGUCUCUCUCCUGGUACAAAGACGAAGAAGAAAAGGAGAAAAAGUACAUGCUUCCUCUCGACAACCUGAAGCUGAGGGAUGUGGAGAAGGGCUUCAUGUCCAGCAAACACGUCUUCGCCAUCUUCAACACGGAGCAGAGGAACGUGUACAAGGACCUGCGUCAGAUUGAGCUGGCCUGCGACACCCAGGAGGAUGUGGACAGCUGGAAGGCCUCCUUCCUCAGGGCUGGUGUUUACCCAGAGAAAGAUCAGCCGGACAAUGAGGACGCCAUGAAUCCCAGCGACACGGUGUCCAUGGACCCCCAGCUGGAGCGCCAGGUGGAGACCAUCCGCAACCUUGUGGACUCGUACAUCGGCAUUGUCAACAAGUCCAUCAGAGACCUGAUGCCCAAGACCAUCAUGCACCUCAUGAUCAACAGCGCAAAGGAUUUCAUCCACUCCGAGCUGCUGGCCUAUCUGUACUCGGCCGGAGACCAGGGCAGUUUGAUGGAGGAGUCGGCAGAGAAGGCUCAGAGGAGGGACGAGAUGCUGAGGAUGUAUCAUGCUCUGAAAGAAGCCCUCGUCAUCAUCGGAGACAUCAGCACAUCCACCAUUUCCACACCAGUGCCUCCGCCUGUAGAUGACAACUGGAUCGCCAAAGACCCGAGUCCUCCUCCAGCAUCCCGCCCCGCCGCAUCGACGGCGCCCCCCCCGAGCCGGCCCCCGGCCGUCAGGGGCCCAACCCCGGGGGCCCCGGCCCCUCUCAACCCCUCGCCGGCCUUCGGGGCGCCCCCCGUGCCGUCCAGGCCCGGCCCGCCGCCGGCCUUCGGAGCGGACCCCAACUCUGCUGCUGCUGUGCCUCUGGUUCCGUCCAGGCCGGCCCGCGUGCCCCCAGCUCUGCCCCCGGGCAUUCCCAGCAGAAGACCCCCGGCUGCCCCCAACAGACCCACCGUCAUCCGUCCUUCAGAGCCCUCCCUGCUUGACUAA